AUGCCAGAUACGUCAAAUCAAUCCAUGUCGAAUGUGCAAGUAGAUGUUAGUGAUAACAAUCAGUGGAAUCAAGACAUUCAUCCCAAUAAUGAUAACGUGGUUCAGAAUUCUACGGCAUUGGAAUGGACCCAGCUGCCUCAAGCAGCUGUUGGAUUUGUUCCAACUCCUAUCAACAACGGAAUUCCUACCGACUAUCAAGUCCCUAACGGGGUAAGCAGUAUCAAUGGAAUUAAUCCACCAAGCUACUACGAUGUAUCUUACCAAAGAAACGGGAACUUCCCGACUAAUGGAUACACAUCUCUGAACACUCAGAGAGUCAUACAAAAUCCAAAUGGACCUAAUUAUCUUAUAAGGAACGGAUUGAAUGGCACGGGAUUGGUGACUGGAUCAAACAUUUGGUCAAACCAGACGCCCCACGGAAGACUGGUUGCCCCGCAGCAAUGGACUGGCAAUCACAAGGAGCGGCCAAGAAUAGCCAAUGGCGUCAGAAAACAAAAGCGCAUCAGGACAGCGUUCACGAGCAAUCAGAUGAUGGAAUUAGAGCAAGAGUACAACAGAACUCGAUACCUCGAUCGGACACGCCGCCUAGAACUUGCCGAGUUACUCCAUUUGAAUGAGCGCACCAUUAAAAUUUGGUUCCAAAACCGCAGGAUGAAGGAAAAGAAAAUCAAAGCAGAAAAUUAUGAAGAAUCCGACGAAUUAGAAAUGGAAGCUGAGUCUCCAUUAAUGGUUGUAAACGAGGAAUACCCUGUCGUGCCGCCUUAUGAAGUAUACAAUCGUGAAGGAUUCAUAGAGCAAUUUCCAGUAACAACGCCAGUUAUAAACCAACCUGAGAUACUCGCACCUCAAGUUAUACCGCCAGUAACCGAUUACCCUGCAUUCGUCGACAACCAGUGUCAAUCGCAGUACCAGCAGUUGCAUUUUCAGUUGCAACAUUAUCCGCAGUACAAUUUGAAUGUGGAAGAACUGUCACCAGAGUCAGCGCUCAAGUCGGAGAACUCUUCAACCAACGCCUCUAGUGACCUCACAGAGAAGAGCUGGGAUUUGUCGUGGAUUCGUAGCAUUAACUCCGAGGAAGACUUUUAA